UUGCCUAUUCUGCCAUCAUCAUUGGGGGAGCGGGUAGAGAUCGACGGCUGUCGUUUCGCGACCAAUCACCGCGGCCUUUAAGACGAACGGACGACGGUAUCCCAAUGCCGCCCCAGCAUCCACCCCGUCGUCAAAGGAAUUCCAGGGAGCAAAAGGAAUGUGGAAGCUACAUUAGAUAUCACUAGAUGAGCUGUCAUGGAGGCGUGAUAUUGAUAGAUGAAUGCUCCUGCAUAAGUUACGUAAAUUUAGCUUCCAUGGGUUUGUGCAGAGCAGUUGUUGUUUGGGCAUCCAAGCUGAAACCAGAUCAAAUUCAGAAAGAACACUGAUGUCAUCCUUUUGGAGAGAUCAAUCUUCAAGGUGUUGGAUAAGGCAAUGGUCAUCAAGUUCAAGGGAAAUGGAAAAUGAUUUUGGCAACUUUAACUCCCUUGAUGCACACCGUCCUUUGUGCCUCACAUCUGUUUCAAAGGACAUGAAGGUUCCACUGGAAAAUAAAAACAACCAUCCCUUUAUUAAUCAAGCUGCUUUAGCUUGGAAUGAGAUGAGACAAGAAUGGGUAGGAGACCAGUCAAAAAGUUGCCGCAGAAUACCAAGGGAACCAUCAAUAAGCUGGUGCUCAACAUAUGAUGACUUGCUAUCGACAAGCCAACCUUUUCCAGAGUCAAUUCCAUUAUCUGAAAUGGUAGAUUUUUUGGUUGAUAUUUGGCACGAAGAAGGGCUUUAUGACUAGGUAAGGACUCUCAGUGGAUGUCAUAUUAUUGUUGAGACAUAUUUAAGGCCUGGCUCACAUUGCCCCUGUCACAGGCGGUGCCUCAACCUACUUGACUUCUGAUUAAAAGAUGAUUUUGUCAGCUCCAGGGUUGUUAAAUUUAGUGUCUUGUGUUGCACCCUAGUAAUGGAGCUCCAUUUGUCGUGAGCUCCGAGUAUAUUUUGUAACCCGAGCUGCUGGCAUGUGUUUGAAAGUUUUCUUUUAUAGAAUUUCGAGAAAUUUGCUGACUGAAAGCUUGUAAUACAAUGUCACUCCGGCUCUGUACAGAAAAGCGAUGUUCAUGAUUUAUCUCAUAUAACUGUGUUCUUAUUUUGAAGCCUCAGAUUCCUUGGCUUCAUAAAAUUGCAAUAGCAAAGAGCUCAAACUGUAGCUGUGUCAA